UCUCGGAAUCGGAGCGAUAUCAAGCGUGUCACCCCCUCAAGCUGCGGUGGUGGCUCGAAUCCCACCCGCCCUCCCAGUGUCGCCUUGCGCUGCUGAAGCCGCCGCGGCACCAUGGUUGUGCUCGCCGUGAUCCUGUGCUUGUCGGUGGCGGGGGUUUGGGGGAAUGAAUUCAGUAUAUUAAGAUCACCAGGGUCUGUUGUUUUCCGAAAUGGAAAUUGGCCUAUACCAGGAGAAAGAAUCCCAGAUGUGGCUGCAUUAUCCAUGGGCUUCUCCGUGAAAGAAGAUCUUUCUUGGCCAGGACUUGCUGUGGGGAACCUGUUUCAUCGGCCCAGGGCUACCAUUAUGGUGAUGGUGAAGGGAGUAGACAAGCUGGCUCUCCCUCCAGGCAGUGUCAUCUCAUACCCUUUGGAGAAUGCGGUUCCUUUUAGUCUUGACAGCGUCGCAAAUUCCAUUCACUCCUUGUUUUCUGAAGAAACUCCCGUAGUUUUGCAGUUGGCUCCUAGUGAGGAAAGAGUGUAUAUGGUGGGGAAGGCAAACUCGGUGUUUGAAGACCUUUCAGUCACAUUGCGGCAGCUCCGUAGUCGCCUGUUUCAAGAAAACUCUGUUCUCAAUUCACUUCCCCUCAAUUCUCUGAGUAGGAACAAUGAAGUUGACCUGCUGUUUCUUUCGGAACUGCAAGUGCUACAUGAUAUCUCAAGUUUGUUGUCCCGUCAUAAGCAUCUAGCCAAGGAUCACUCUCCUGAUCUGUACUCACUGGAGCUAGCAGGUUUGGAUGAAAUUGGGAAACUUUACGGGGAAGACUCUGAGCAGUUCAGAGAUGCUUCUAGGAUCCUUGUUGAUGCUCUGCAAAAGUUUGCAGAUGACAUGUACAAUCUUUAUGGUGGGAAUGCAGUGGUAGAGUUAGUGACUGUCAAAUCAUUUGACACAUCCCUUAUGAGGAAGACAAGAACUAUCCUUGAGGCAAAAGAAAAGAAACCAGCCAGUCCCUAUAACCUUGCAUAUAAGUAUAAUUUUGAAUAUUCAGUUGUUUUCAAUAUGGUACUUUGGAUAAUGAUUGCCUUGGCUUUGGCCGUGAUCAUCACCUCUUACAAUAUUUGGAACAUGGAUCCUGGAUAUGAUAGCAUCAUUUACAGGAUGACAAACCAGAAGAUCCGAAUGGACUGAGCUCUCCUCAGCCACACUUAGGCUAGGGGUUUGGAAA